AUGUUCCAGGAGUUGACUCCAGCUCCAGAGCUCCAGCUCCAGAGCUCCAGCUCCAGAGCUCCAGCUCCAGAGCUUCAGCUCCAGAGCUCCAGCUCCAGAGCUCCAGCUCCAGAGCUCCAGCUCCAGAGCUCCAGCUCCAGAGCUCCAGCUCCAGAGCUCCAGCUCCAGAGCUCCAGCUCCAGAGCUCCAGCUCCAGAGCUCCAGCUCCAGAGCUCCAGCUCCAGAGCUCCAGCUCCAGAGCUCCAGUUCCAGAACUCCGGCUCCAGAACUCCGGCUCCAGAACUCCGGCUCCAGAGCUCCGGCUUCAGAGCUCCGGCUUCAGAGCUCCGGCUCCAGAGCUACAGCUCCAGAGCUCCUGGCUCUGGAGCUCCUGGCUCUGGAGCUCCUGGCUCUGGAGCUCCUGGCUCUGGAGCUCCUGGCUCUGGAGCUCCUGGCUCUGGAGCUCCUGGCUCUGGAGCUCCAGCUCCAGAGCUCCCCUCCCCUCUCUGGAGGCUAGAGAAAAGGAGAACUGAUUCUUCCCUCCACUUCCCUCUUCUUUUAUAG